GAUAAGAGCGAUAAUGAGUCGUGUGAUUUAUUUGACAAUGCAUUGCAAGUAGUCGUCGUGAUGCAGCCAAAAAUUAACAAACAACAACGACAUUGAAUUUGGUGCACACAAAUCCAAAAAGGAAUUCAAGAUGGAAAACAACUCUAGAAAGCCUGUGUACCCUUGCCUACCUCCACCGUAUGCAGAAUAUCAAACUUGUUCUCGUUCACAGAUUAGUGUCACCGCUAGCUCUGGACUUCCACAACUUCCACCUCCAUACUCAGAAAUUGGAUCGAGCAUUGUAGUUCAACCGACACGGCGGCUUCAUGCAGAGGUGCCUUUUGAUGCAAGGCCACCCGAUACAAACCAAUAUAGUCCAUCUCUUGGAUAUGAUCCAUUUCCAACUGUUUGCCCGACGUGCCAUCAAAAUAUUGAAACAAAAAUUCGAUACGAACCAAAUUCACUGACGCAUUUGGUCGCAUUCAUCAUAUGCUGUAUGGGCGGAUUCUGCUGUAUGUUCGUACCCUAUUGCUUACAUUCCUGCCAAGAUUUAAAACACUAUUGCCCAAAUUGCGGCGAAUUUAUCGGCACAGUUGCGAUGUGAGCGCUUGAUAUUAUUUUAAUAAUCAUCCCAGACUGAACCGAAUUUACUUGAAUUUUUACUGAUUGUAGGCAAAAAUUUCCUAAUGAAAAUAAAUUUGCUAUGAACUAGA